AUGGAAAUUAGCUUGUGUUAUGCCCCACUUGAAGUAACAGAAACGCAAGGUUUUGUCACCCCAUUUCGAUUGCCAGGGAAGCAUCUGCAAAAUUGCAGGAACGUACACCAUUGGGGGACACCUCUUGGAUGUUGUGGCCAAAGAUUUUUAACUUUAGCUAAUAAUCUGAGAAGUUACAAAGAGCAGAAAACACCCAAUAAGCAUAAACUAGCCAAAAGAAGCAUUUUUUCUGGCAAGCUAGAACAUAAGCAUGCAUCGGCACCUAAGAAUGGUAAUUUGACAACAUUUCAGACUGAUCUAUGUGAGCGAUUGUAUGCGUUCUACCGGUUUUCUCGUCCACACACUGUGAUUGGUACUGUGAGUUUGAUCUCCUCAUAUUUCUUGAGAAAAUCAAUGGCAGAUCUGUCUCUGGCAUUCUUAGUUGGACUUUUGAAGGCAUUGAUCCCGUCAAUAUUGAUGAAUAUUUAUGUGGUGGGACUAAAUCAAUUGUUCGAUGUUGAAAUAGACAAGGUAAACAAACCCAAUCUUCCACUGGCUUCUGGAGAAUUCUCUGUGGGAAUAGGAGUGACAAUUGUUUCAACAUGUCUUUUGAUGGUUAAUAUUCUAGCUACUCGAAUGACGAGUUUUGCCAUUGGAAUCAUGUUUCAGUCACCACCAUUGUUUUCUGCCCUUCUCAUAAGCUUUCUACUUGGCAGCGCAUAUUCUGUUGAGCUACCACUGCUCAGAUGGAAAAGAAAUGCAUUCCUGGCUGCAACAUGCAUCCUCAUUGUGAGGGCUAUCGUUGUUCAACUUGCCUUCUUUAUACACAUUCAGGACAUACCCGAUGUGGAUGGGGAUAGAAAUUUUGGCGUUCUGUCACUGAGUGUCAGGCUUGGACAAAAAAAGGUCUUUUGGCUUUGUAUUGGCAUGCUGUUAAUGGCUUAUGGAAUUGCUGUGGUGAUAGGAGUUUCCUCCUCAUCUCUGCCAAGCAAAUUUAUCACUGUAUUAGGCCAUUUUUCACUUGCUUCUUUUCUUUGGCUUCAUGCUCGAUCUGUUGAUCCUGAAAAUAAAGCAUCAAUAACUUCCUUUUACAUGCUCAUAUGGAAGGCAAAUAGGCCAGAAAUGGUCUUUGCAAGUAUCCUGCUUUCUGUUCAAGAAUCGGUAACGGUUUUAAGGGAGACUAUCAAACUCCACAAUAAGCUCUUAUCAUCUCUAUGCGAAUUCUGA